AUGAUGCUAUUUCAAGUCAGCGACAGAAGUUUCUUUCCCUACGUCGCUGGCACCCGUUGUUACCAUGAUUGCGCCGGGAGGGGGUGUAAACUGAAAUAUUCCUUUUGUAUCUGGUAUAAGUGUGUGUAUAUAUUUAUAUAUACGCUAUUUUUAGGGCUUUUUCUUCGACUCUCUUUCGACUCUUCAAUGGCCGCUCCACCGGCAAGGGCAAGGGCAGAUUAUGAUUACCUCAUUAAGCUCCUUUUGAUCGGCGAUAGCGGUGUGGGGAAGAGUUGCCUUUUGUUGCGUUUUUCUGAUGGUUCUUUCACUACUAGUUUUAUCACUACCAUUGGUAUUGACUUUAAGAUAAGAACCAUUGAACUUGAUGGCAAACGUAUCAAACUCCAAAUUUGGGACACAGCUGGUCAAGAACGAUUCCGAACAAUCACAACUGCUUACUACAGAGGAGCCAUGGGCAUUUUGUUGGUGUAUGAUGUCACCGAUGAGUCAUCUUUCAAUAACAUACGGAACUGGAUCCGCAACAUCGAACAACACGCCUCCGACAAUGUGAACAAGAUCUUGGUCGGAAACAAGGCCGAUAUGGAUGAAAGCAAAAGGGCCGUGCCUACCGCAAAAGGCCAAGCACUUGCAGAUGAGUAUGGCAUUAAAUUCUUUGAAACCAGUGCAAAAACUAAUCUAAACGUGGAGCAAGUUUUCUUUUCGAUUGCAAAGGAUAUCAAGCAAAGGCUUUCAGACACUGAUACCAAGGCUGAGCCAACGACAAUUAAGAUAAACCAAGCAGAUGGGGGUGGUGGGAAUGGUGAAGCUGCACAGAAGUCGGCUUGCUGUGGGUCUUAAAGUGGAUGGAAAAACUAAGUGUGAGGGGUUAUUUUGUAAUUUCAACUUAUCUGCUAUUCUUUUUUUAAAAAUUGUGUUAGUGGCAUGUGUGAAACAUAGGUUCUGGAUUCCUUCUUCUAGCAGGAUAUGCUUCAUUAUUAUCUUUUUUGUUUCACUUUUAGGUUGUGGGUUUAUUAUAUCUUAAAAGUCUAGAAUUAAAUGCAAGAAAUAACAAUCUAUUUUUCAGUCAUCC